AUGUCAUUCAGAUCAGCUACAAGACUCUCCGCGCGACUCGCUUCCGCUUCCCGAGCUACCUUAACCGCUCAUGCCCAGCCAGCAGCUAGGAGGUACGCAUCUACCACCGGACCUCAAAAGGGGGGUGAUACCACUUGGAUGAUCGGUUCAGCAGUUGUAUUCGGUUCUUUGGGUGCAUUCCUCCUCCCUUCCAAAGCUUCUUCCCACGCUGCUACACACUCCCAAGAACAUGCAAAAGUAAGAGCAGAAAUCAACGAAUCUGCUCCUACAGUGAAACAAGGAGAGGCUGUCCAAGCAACCGAUGCUGGUAAAUAUUCACCUAAAACCCCUGACCCUUCAGGAAUCCACAAAGAUGCCGAUAAAGCCCCCAACGAAAUUCCAGUGAAGAAGGACGAGUCCAAGACGAUGCCUGAGAACUUGAUCGAGAACGAUUCGUUGAAACCUGAAUCCAAAUCUGGCGGGCAAAACGCAAACGAAGUUGCCAAAUCUCAAGCUUCCUCUGAAGAUAAACAGGACGCUCCCGGUACCGAAGAGGAGGAUGACGGUGCCGCUGGAAAGGAACAGGGUGAACCUACUCAGCAAGAAAUUAAGGAUAGUAUCCUCAGAGCUGAGCGAACAAACACCCCUAAAGCAGCUAUGAGCGAGGAAGCCAAGGGCCACGAGACUCAAGCUGAGUGA